GGCAUUAAUUUUAGUUUCGGUAGAGACGAUGCUGCUAGUACGAAAGCGCACUACAUCGAGGUGAAACGUGUUUAAACGUAUCAGUAUCAGAGUUACGAAUACACUUUGGAUGUCGAUAUUCGACACCAACGUGACACGGAUUUGUCUAUUGUAUCAGUGAUUUCUUUACAAAGAACAAUCUAAGAUCAUAAUGUGCAUCGAACCGAGCUCAGGAAACGAAGGAAAAAGGAAUUUAAAAGACUAAGAAACACAACUCGAGCAAAUUCAUCAUGGAGAAAGUUUGGAGCGACGGUAUCAUUGGAGAACGGAAGGAUCUUACUCCUAUAAUGGAGGAAGAGGAUAAAGGACAAGCAAAGGGUUCGCAAUCGGACUCGUCGGACGCGGCGUCGACUAUAAAGCACUGGAACAGUCGGUGGACGCCCUCAGAGGGCUACGAGUCGUCGGGCACAUCAACGAAUUCUGACGUGGGUGACGGCUACCUUCAGGAUUAUCCGCGGGGUACCGGUCUGUCCGAACCGGGGAUUGCAUGCCAGACGGCCUAUCGAUCGCAGGAAUGUUUGUGCCAGGCUUGCUUGCUCGGCUAUGCUAAGAUGAUAGCGCUUCAAGGGAGUAUGCCUAAUAUCUGUGCAGUAUCCAGCGGUAUGUCUAAUAUCUGUGCGGCAUCGGCUGCUCAUCUGGGAAGUUUCUCGUCCCUCUGCGCGACGCCGUGUUCAAGGUCGUUUGUCUCCAGCGAUCUAACGCAUCACCCUCUCAAAGAGCACGUUACGAGCGUUGGCCAUUGUCCGCACGUUUGUCAUCUGCAACAAAGUCCGAUGUUGGCAAAGGAGCGAGGAAUAUUACACGCGGCCAACAAAACAAACAGUACAAUGUCGCUGCCGGUGAGCUCGAGGUGUGGCUCCCUGGACAGAAGGCGGCGCAAACUCCGCAGUCGAGUGGACCGCGAUCAGAGAGCGAUGUCUCACAGCGAUCUGAUCUGCCACGAGAAGGACAAGCCGCAGCACUACUGUUCGCUGCAGCAGUUUCACUGCGGAAGCAAUGUGUGCAUGAAUAAUUAUCAUAGUAAAACCGAGGAGCGACUGAGAAAAUUGGAAAGCGAACGCGGAGCAUUACACAUGGAAGUGUCAGUUUUGUCUGAACAAGUCGACGCGCAGUCGAACAAAAUACAGGAGUUGGAAAGCAUGCUGCAAGACAAGAAGGACACGCUGAGACAAAUGGAAGAAGCGUUGCAAAAGGAAGUUUUAUCGAGGAGCGCUUUGGAGACGCAAAAGUUGGAGCUUCUUUCCUCUCUGUCCGAGAUGAAACUCAGGCAAGCUGGUCUGGAACACGAAAACCUGUCGCUGCGCAGCACAAGUCCUUUAUCGAACGGUGAAAGAUUCAGCAGGCACACGGGUCAAUACAGUAGCCUCCCCAGGCCGCCAACAUCCAAGAAAGGCGUUGUAUUUGGUAAGGUUCCAAAUUUAGUCUCAGGAGCGCAUACGACGAUACCCUUGGCUGUUAGGGGAGUCUCUGCGAGAUGUCUGUCCGCUCCUAUUCUAGCGGAGGAAGAGAAAAUCGUGAUCGGUGAAGCGAGCGUGCAACCAAAACCGCUACCACCGAAACCGCUCGGCGAACUCACUAUGGAGGACGUCGGCGAUUGGUUGUCUCGUCUCGGUCUGGAGUGCUAUGCCGGCGAGCUGAGACGCUGGGGCGCCACUGGGCCGAAAUUGCUCGACAUCACGCAAGCCCAGCUGGAAAAAGAACUCGACAUAAAGAAUACCCUUCACAGAAAAAAGUUACUUUACGCCAUUGAGUCGGAGCGAAGCAACGGCGCUGGAUUUCUCGGUUCUCACAAGAUGGACAACGGGGCCGUGUUGCGAUGGCUGGACGACAUCGGAUUGCCGCAACACAAGGAAGCCUUUCACAACGCAAAGAUCGACGGUAGAGUUCUGCACAGGCUGACCACGGAGGACCUCUUGAAUCUUGGAGUCACCGCGCAGCUGCACGCUGCCAGCUUAAGACGCGGGAUUCAGGUUUUACGGGACUUGGAAUUUGAAUUUGACAGUCUGGAGAGAAGAUCUGCGAAUGGUAACGGCGCCGAUGGAACCUACGUCACCCUCUGGACGAACCAUCGUGUGAUGGAGUGGUUGCGGGUCGUGGACCUCGCGGAGUACGCACCGAACAUGCGUGGUUCCGGCGUCCACGGCGGUUUGAUCAUCCACGAAGGCCGAUUCACUUCCGAGCUGCUCGCCACGUUGCUUAGCAUUCCGCCAGCGAAGACUUUACUUCGUAGGCACUUGACAACGCACUUCAAUCAGAUCCUCGGCAGAGAGGUCGUCCAGCAAAAGAGAGAGAUAGAGAGCACACUCGGUUUCGUUCCCCUGACGCUUACUGCCAGAUUAAAGGUAUCAAAGAAAUCUCAAUUUACGCUGAAACGUAAAAAGAGUAAAAACGAGGUGGAUUUCGGCAAUCUGGUUUGUCCCUUGGAGGCGUCACCACCAGGUACCCCUUCAACACCUUCGUCAACACCAGGCAGCCCUAACUUGAACUCACCCACAUUCUAACCACAAUUAAAGCUUCAUUUGAAUAAUCGUCUAAACUAACUUACUUGGAGGAUACUGGGCAACGGAGAGUAAUAGGUUGCAUAUAAUUGGUGAUUGAACUGGGAAGCAAUAUAUUCUCAAGAUAAAUCGACACAUAUUUAUAUAUUUAUAUCCAAACAACUGAUGACACGCCAGAAUCGCCUGGGACCAGGUUUUUAUCGAAACGUGUACUUUGAUGAGAAAUCGCUUAAACGAGAGUUAACUUGCAACACCGCCAAAGUCUCAUUAAUUUCAUAAAUUAGAAUAUUCAACGAAAAUUAACCGCCUUAGAUAAUAUAAAUAUUUUUAAUACAAACCAUUGAAUUAUAAAUAUACCAUAAAUUGAAAUUAAAAGAUUUAUACAC